CUGCCUUUGAGAUGAAGACCAUGCAGUCGUCCAUCUUCUUCCUGCUGCUUCUGGGUGUGUCCCUGGGUUUUGCUGCUCCACCUGAGCUCAGUGAAGUGCAGCUGGUGCAGGGGACCUGUCCCAUGUCCUGGUUCAGCUUCAACGGUCACUGUUACAAGUAUGUCUCCAAUCAAACGACCUGGGCUGAUGCAGAGAUCUACUGUGUGUCUCAGAGCUCCAACCUGGUGUCCAUCCACAGCCUGGAAGAACACAACUUUGUGAAGAGUUUAAUUCAGAAGUUUGAUCCCAUUCUGGGACGAACUUGGAUUGGACUCAGUGACAUCCACAAAGAAGGAGCGUGGAUGUGGUCUGAUGGUUGUCCAGUGGUGUUUACGAAGUGGUUUCAGGGACAACCAGACAAUGCAGGAGGAAAUGAACACUGUGUGGAAAUCUGUUAUGGUCAUCACAACACCUGGAAUGAUGUUCCUUGCUCAAAUACCUAUGCCUCUGUCUGUGCCACACGUAAACUUGGCUGUUAGAAAUGAUGCCACAAACCAACACCUGGACAUGGACUUUACCUUCUGAUUUGAUGAUGAGGUUCUACAUUCUGAAUGUUUGGUUCUGUGGGAUACAAAACAGAUUCUAAUGUAUGUAGACUGUAAGAGUUAAACACUGAUCAAACAAUGACUCUGAUUACAAAACAAAAUGUGACAGUUUAUAGUUUUGUCAUUGACUUGAUCUGUGAAUAAAAAAACUGGAGUCUGCUGCCA